AAUUCCAAAUUCCAAAGCAUUAUUUAUUAUAUAACUUCCCCUAACAAGAUUACAAGAAUCCCACACAUAACACAACACAACAAACCAAACACCAUCAUCCUUCACGCCAAGUAAACGAUUCCUCUCCCCUCAAACCUCAUUCUCUCUCUCUCUCUCUCUCUCUCUCUCUCUCUCUCUCUCUCUGGCUUCAUAAUACCAACACCACCUGCUUCCGGGUCGAACUUGCCCCGGAUCAGGACCCGACUCAUGCGACCACUGAUUUAAAUGUUUGCUUUUGGCUUGUCUAAACAACAAGCAUAGAGAGGUAAAUCCACCCUUUGACUAAAAAACCACACCAACAUCAAAAGGAUCGUUUUUUUCUUCGUGGGUAUUGGCUUUUGAGUUGGGGAAGAAGAAAAAACAUGGUGGGUAUAUUUUCGAGAUUCUCUGUUGGAAGGAACGUCCACCGACGGACUCAAAGCGCACUGGAUGAGAGGGAAGUAAUGCCCCCAAACUCAGAGGUUGCUGCAGCAGUAGCAAGUGCUACCACUGCCACUUCUCAUGGAAUUGAAGUAGCAGUGGAGUUUAAGCCAGUUGAACACCCCAUUGAACCCCUUGACAAUGAUAGGCCAAUUCAGUGCCCAUUGCCAGAACCAUCUAUUCUUAAUUGUUGGGAAUUCUUUGGUUUGUUUUCUAAAAAGCUCUUUUUAAUUGUUGAUAUGCAUCCAUGUGAACUAUCAGUGUCACCACAGCCAACAAGCAUGACUAAUUUAGUGCUACUUAUGCACAUUAGUAUGAAAGAUAAUAGAGGGGAUGAUUGGGUUUCCACUAACAUCUUGGCAAGAUGAAAUUGCUACUCAAGUUAUCUUUCCUUUGUUUUCCGUUGGAAUAGGGCAUGUAUGGGCAAACCCAAAAAGACUUCCUUUCACCUUUUUCUUCCUCUUAAUGUGCUUGAGGCUUUCCAAUGGAUAACCAAACACACCCGUAGUUGUUGGAGAGCAGCCAUAUUUUGUAAAAAAAGGGGUGGUGUAACUAGUCACUGUAUUUGCAUCAAAGUUAAGUUGUUCCUCUUUCUAACUUCAAAAGCUAAAGCCUUUAUUAUUAAAAUUCAUCUCGAGUAGAUGCUUGCAUC